GUAAUAAUGAUCAGCCAUUGCAGGGAAUGAAUUCUGCUCUUUUCACUUUGUGUUUAUAUGGGUAAGUUGCGGCAGGUAGAUUGUAAACCUCUUUGUAAUUCUUGUUCUUUAAAGAAGAACUGAGGUUUGACUGGAUUGAUGUUGGGCCCUUGUUGAAAGGCAGGAUCAGAUUGACAGUACAUGCUGCCAAGCAAAUGACAAACCAAUUCAUUAAGAGCAUGUCCGUUCCUUGCUGCCCUCCUACAAUCUUCACAAAUUGCUCAUCUCCUUUACUUCCUGUCCUCUGGCAGCCUGGAGAAUGAAAAAUUAAGCUUGUUUACUUAGUGCGUCCUUAGCACAUUGGCACUCAGAGGCAGUGGCGAUGUUUCAUUUGAGCUUGGUCAAAGGUCUGCUCAUGGUUCACGGUACAUUAGUGGCCCAGUGUGAAUACAACAUCUUCUUCUCUUUGUCUUUUUAUUUUCUGUCUCGCUCAUUCCCUUUCUCCCCUCUUGAAAGGGGAUGGUGGGGACAUUCAUCGCUACCAUACCUGUUGUUGCUAUGGAUGCCAAGGUUGUUUCCAUGGUUACAAUGUGCUUUUCUGUGGCAAUUGAUGCAGACCGGAUGUGCUGUUUUCUGGUCCUUGCUGCACCUGCUAUCAUUUACUCCUCCUUGAAUUCAGAAUUGCUGAAGUGUUGACCCCAAUUUGGAUUUUAUGUCAUAGAACACCAGAAGAAUCCUCAUGCUCCUUUGGUGACUUAACUGCUCAGACACUGAACAAUGGUGACAGCAUAAACACAGAAUCCUAUGGAUGGAGAAUAUACUUGUAAUGAUCCAUUUUUGGAUCUAUCACUUCAAAUGAGAUGGAUCUCAUUACACCUAAGCCAUUUUAUUUGUGAUACUAUGCUAAUGAUUGAAUAUCUUUCUGUUAAUACAGUCACUUAUAGUGAGGUGGCUCUUGUCAUGCUUAUUGCCUUCUCGGUGUGGAUAAGGCAUGAUGUAAAUGUUUUGGUAGAUAAAAUGCUUUAACUCUCCCCAGUAAAUGUGCUAGUCCUUAUAAUUCUACCCCUACAUGGCUGGCUUGCCCUCCACAUGCCCAGAGCAGCAUGUUACUUCUUCCACAAUUUAAUUGUAUUGAUUAUGUCUCUCUCUUCUUUGUUAAUGUAUUGCUGUGUAACUAAAAUGACUGGGUUGAAUCAGUACAUUUAAAGGCUCUCGCUCUUUCUCUCUUUCUCUCCUUCACUGUCUCACAAACUCCUCUGUUUCCCAUUUCUCACUUGUAAGUGAAUAUUAUCAUCUUUCUGUUUAACUCAAAACUCAAGAAGUGUUUGCUGGCAUAACCCACUGAAAAUUUCAGACAGUGGUAUGGUGGAACAGUGAAGAUACUGGACUAGUAACUUGACAGAAUGACAGGCCAGGUGGCAGUAGAGAGCUCAGACCUGUCCACGCACAGGCUAUCAGUGAAAACUUCAAUGGAGGAUGAAUCUGACCGGGCAGACAGCACCUUCAGCCGUGUGCCAUCUGUGUGUGAUGACACCUGCUCAGAACUGCAGAGGGUGGCAACAAUCGAACCCCGAGGACUCAACUCCCCAAAUUCCUUCAGGGGAAGAGGGGCCAUGUCUCGGUUGGUGAGUAUGGUGAUCACUCUGCGUGAGUGGGCCCAUAAGAGCCUGUUGGAGGAGGAAGAGCGGCCCGACUCGUUCUUGGAGAGGUUCCGUGGGCCUGAGCUCCAGGUUGCCCCCAGCCGCAUGAGCACCAACCAAGGCGACGCCACAGGCUCCAACAGCAACAAGCAGGCCAAAAAGAAGCCAGAUGUGUUUGUCAUGGCACCAGCUGAUGACAUGUAUUAUCGCUGGUUGUUCAUAAUUGCUGCUGCCGUUCUUUAUAACUGGUGCCUCCUAGUGGUCAGGGCCUGCUUUGAUGAGCUGCAGACCAAUAACACCAUCCUCUGGCUGGUGCUGGACUACCUGUCCGAUGCUGUGUACAUCCUGGACUCCUGUGUCCGGCUGCGCACAGGCUUCCUGGAGCAGGGUCUGCUGGUGAAAGACUUGUCCAAGCUGAGGGACCACUAUGUCCGAACGCUGCAGUUCAAACUGGACGUGCUGUCCAUCUUGCCCACGGACCUGGCCUAUGUGGCCACCGGCAUUCACACGCCCCAGCUGCGGUUUAACCGCCUGCUCCGCUUUUCCCGCAUGUUUGAGUUCUUUGACCGCACAGAGACACGCACCAACUACCCAAACAUGUUCCGCAUCUGCAACCUGGUGCUCUACAUCCUGGUCAUCAUCCACUGGAACGCCUGCAUCUACUUCGCCAUCUCCAAGUCCUUGGGCUUUGGCUCUGACACCUGGGUCUACCCAAACAUCUCAGACCCGGAGUUUGGUUCGCUGGCCCGAGGCUACAUCUACUGCCUCUACUGGUCCACCCUCACACUCACCACGAUCGGGGAGAUGCCCGCACCUGUUCGGGACGAGGAGUACCUCUUUGUGGUCUUUGACUUCCUGGUGGGUGUGCUGAUUUUCGCCACCAUCGUGGGUAAUGUGGGAGCCAUGAUCUCCAACAUGAAUGCCACGCGGGCAGAGUUCCAGGGCCGCAUCGAUGCCAUCAAGCAUUACAUGCAGUUCCGCAAGGUGAGCAAGGAACUGGAGGCACGCGUCAUCAAGUGGUUCGACUACCUGUGGACCAACAAGAAGGCCAUAGACGAGCAGGAGGUCCUGAAGAACUUACCGAACAAGCUGCGGGCCGAGAUCGCCAUCAACGUGCACCUGGAUACCCUGAAGAAGGUGCGGAUCUUCCAGGACUGCGAGGCGGGUCUGCUGGUGGAGCUGGUGCUCAAGCUCCGCCCCCAGGUCUUCAGCCCCGGUGACUACGUCUGCCGCAAAGGCGACAUUGGCAAGGAGAUGUACAUCAUCAAGGAGGGCCGGCUGGCGGUGGUGGCGGAUGACGGCGUCACGCAGUACGCCCUGCUGACCGCCGGCAGCUGCUUCGGCGAGAUCAGCAUCCUCAACAUCCAGGGCAGCAAGAUGGGCAACCGCCGCACCGCCAACAUCCGCAGCAUCGGCUACUCCGACCUCUUCUGCCUGUCCAAAGACGACCUGAUGGAGGCCGUGAUGGAGUUCCCGGACGCUAAGAAGGUGCUGGAGGAGCGAGGGAGGGAGAUCCUGCAGAAGGAGGGCCUGCUGGACGACAGGGCGGGCGGUGGUCUGGGCGGGGAGGAGAUGGAGGAGAAGGUGGAGCGGUUGGAGGCCUCCCUGGACACCCUGCAGACGCGCUUCGCCCGGCUGCUCAGCGAGUACACGGCCACGCAGCAGAGACUCAAGCAGCGGCUCACCGCGCUCGAGCGCCAGCUCCGGCAAAAUGGCAGCGGCUUCCUGUCCGAUGUGGACGGCAACGAGAGCUCCAACGAUGCCGAUGGAACCCACAGCGAGGCGUAUAUCUUACUCUGAGCACUGUUGUGCGCCAGACACCUAGACUGUUUACACCCUCAUUGCACACAUACAUGUUCCAUAUAGUUCUCUCUUCAUGCAUGCACAUGCAAGAAAAUGGCUUAAUUUUACUCACAACUUCAGUAGGGACUUCUUUAUUGUUCUUUGAGAAUAUUUUUUACUAUCUUUUUGUACUCCUUUUAUAUGCUUGGCUUGUGUUGUGCUUGUGUUUGGUAGUACAAUGCAUAAAUACAAAGAAAAAACAUACCCAGAGCAUAAUAUUCAUCUGUCCCUGACCAUGUUCAGUCUCCCAGUGACAUCAGUGGCUGGUGCUCCCUUAAGACCUCUGUGGUUUCCAUGGUGAUGCAGAACUGGACUCACACCAGGGCAGCAAUGCUGCAGCAUGCUUCAGAGUCCUCACCGUGACCUUGAGCAGCACAGCAAGCGUCCUCUGCACUCCUCAGUGACACAGCUGCCAUGUCACGUCUCUCAAAACAAAAGCAGACAUUUAUUUAUUUAUUCAUUUAUUUAUCCGGAACUGAACCUAAGCCUCGGAUAAAGCUGUCUUGUCCACAAACUGCCUGGGUCAACAUCACAUCGUCCAUUAUCACCAAUGCUAUUCAGACCAGCCACGUUUCCAAAGCAGGCAGAAAGCCACACUCAGGCAAAUUUUGAUUAGUCAAAAAUCAAAACUGUCUGAUCCUUGUCUCAGAAUGAGGCACGUAUGGGCCUCAGCUGUGACUGAUGAGCAAGGUGGAGAGGUUCUGUGAGUGGACUCAAAGACAGCUUGACAGGACAGGCUCACAGGAAGAAAAAAAAGACUUUGUCCCAAAAAUUUGAGCUCACUGUACCUGUCAAAUCCUAAGUGACACUGUCACACGCCAUGUGUGACACCCCUGGGAAUGGAGAUGUGGCAGUACCGGGCAACACCGUUGUCCAUCGCAUGGAGAGAGAGAGCACACCCACACAAACAUGAAAUAAAAUGAACGGACACCUUCACCCUUCCCCCUCACGAGUUCCGGGCAAAAACAAUAAACUGAAACAACAAGCUAAAAUAACAAAGACAAAAGAAAGUAAACCUUUUCAGUUCCAUGCUUUGUCGUUGACCCGCCUUCAUGGCAAGGUCCAGCUCCUCCAGCAUCCCAGCUGAGGAUUGCUUUCUUUUUCUUUUGUGCUCAAACUAAAGCGAAAAGAAAAUCAUAACUGCGCUCUCAGUGUUUGCUCCCGGUCUUGGCCCCAAACUGUGCAGAGCAGCACGCCUUUAAGCACCUGGGCUGAUUAGUUAACGCAACCCAGGUGCGUGUGCUCUCUCCACCAGCCGGCGCAGCCGAGACCAAUCCGCCUCUUCGGUGGACCGAAUGCUACAGACACUUAUCAUUGAUCAAGACUGAUGUAAUGUGCAUUCAAUGUCCAUUCUGUUGUUAUUCCAAGGAUAAUUGUUUUGCAGGUGAAUAAUAUAUUUUUAUUUGCUAUAAGGUUUUGUCCAGUCCAGUAUAUGCAUGUGUAUAUCGAGACUAACUUUAUAUAGUGAAUGCAAGUCUGCCCCUUUGGUUAUUUUCUUACAACCACUGAUAGAUGUAUAUGAUGUCAUUGUCUCCAGGAAAAAGAGUAAGUGGCUUUCAUUUAAAUUGAACAUCAAACACCAUAGAGUAGCAUAUUAAGUCUAUGUCAUUCUGGGUCACCACAAAUAUCAUCACAAACAGAAAUGAUCUCUCCUCAUAGACUGUACCUAUCCAAGCUUACCUGAAAAAAAUAUUAAAUAUUCUCUUUUUGAAGGGUGAAUACACACCCUGAACAUAUAAAUAACAAUUUGUGUCAAUAAAAUAAUGGUAAUCA